AUGGUGACUCUUAUCGGGAACGUGCUGCCCAUACAGCCUCCCGAUGAAAAGUUACUGGCUGAGCGUCGUGAGAUCCGCGACAUCAUCUACGACAGCGUCUCGUCCUUCCUGAGCCGCCGUGAGCCACAGUAUCUGGAGGUCAGCAUCUACGCUGACUCGAAGAGCCUGGUCUGCAUCGUGGAUGGCAUCAAUCGCAGGCGUGAGGGCCGCGAGAGCGAUAAAAGCUGUGACAAGUUCCCUGCUGAGUUGAAGGAGACCAAGCCUGUCAUGCGCAAGAUCAGCUACGGCAUUGGAAGCAAGGAUUACUCGGACAACCCCCUUGUUGUAGAGUCCCUGAGUGAGUCCGAGCAAGGCACCGAGGGUAGCCAUGACGCUCCAUCCAGCAUCAACUCCGCGGCCAAGGAGUUCUCUCCUCCUCAACCUGCUGCUGUCCGUGGUAUCCGCAGCCCCGAGGAGUUCAUGGCGCAUGUCCGCGCGCUGACGGCUAGUGGUGGGGGCAUCUUCUAUAGCACGGACCCUGCCCGCGGUGUUCUUUUCAGGGACUUGCCCGAGUGGAUGACCAUCUCGGACAUCCUGGGCCUGGUUUACGGGGGUCCUGUCGACUGCGCCUUCCGCUCCGACAUGGCGGAGAUCACCGUGCAGUUUUGCGAUGAGAUGGAUUGCAAGAAGUACCUUGAGGCCCACAACAAGGGCAUCAGCAUCCAGAACCACGCGAUUCCCGAUGAGACGUUGACCAUCAAGGUUGAGGCGGCCCCGCGGGGUGAGAAGGUCCCUCCCGCACUGCUCAAGAUGAUUGAGGCUGGUGGCUCGCGCCUGGUCCGUAUCGAUGGCAUCCUGGACUCUACCAAGGUCCAGGAACUCACCGGUCUUGCUAUGGAGUAUGAGGUUGACCAGAUCGUCUCCCACACAGAGAAGAACAAGGCCAGCUCUAUGUACGUCUUCUUCUGCAGCCUCGAAGAUGGUUGGAGCUUCAAGAAGAAGGCCGAGGACGAGUCCUGGGAGGGAUGCACCGUCGAGUUUAUGACUGAUCCUUGCAAGGUUGCCACGGCCUUUCACCAGAACACAGUUCCGAACCCCAUGGCAUCUGCCGUCGCCAUUGUCUGA